AUGGAUUUUGUCAUAGCACAAGGAAAUAAUUUCACUACAUCUGCCAACAACAUGAUUCAAGGUACAAACUUUAUUGCCAACAGUACAACCAUGAUUGCGUCCUCGGUUCCUCCGUUGAGUCGAUAUGAGAAUCAAAAACGUCGCGAUUGGAAUACUUUUUGCCAGUAUGUCAGAAACCACCAACCCCCUCUUUCACUUCCUCAGUGCAGUAGUGCACAUAUCCUGGAAUUCCUCAGGUAUCUGGACCAGUUCGGAAAAACCAAAAUCCACAACCAAAAUUGUCCAUUUUUUGGGCUACUAAAUCCUCCAGCACCAUGUCCUUGUCCAUUAAGGCAAGCAUGGGGAAGUCUUGAUGCACUAAUUGGUAGGCUUAGAGCUGCUUAUGAAGAAAAUGGUGGAAAGCCAGAAAUGAAUCCAUUUGGUUCAAGAAAUGUGAGGCUAUUUUUAAGAGAAGUGAGAGAUUUUCAGUCUAAAUCAAGAGGGGUUAGUUAUGAAAAGAAGAGGAAGAGGCCAUCAUCAUCAACAAAUAAUAAUAAGCAAAAAACAACAGUGGCGGUUGAUGAUGGUGAUUGUGGUACAGGUAGAUGUGCAACUUUUUGUGGAUACGGAAAUAUCGGUAAUAAUAAUUGAGAGUGAUUGUGUAGACGGGAUUCAUGGUGACCAGGAGGUUCUGGCUAGCUGCAAAAACAAUUUCUUGUAGAAAUGCAAGAGUAAAGUUGCGUACAUAAGAUCCAAUUAUGUGAUUGAUUUGCAUUUCAAUCCCUAAAUUUUAGCGCGUAUUGUGGAAGCUUAGUGUAUUCAAAAUGUGCGCACUUUUAUUGAAUAAUUGCCUAGUUGAAA